CUUGUACCGUUUGUUGCCUAUGCAAUAGCGUUCGGUAAUCACGAGCUAACCUACGAUGCCCUCCUUCUCUACACACAUUGUGCACAAGUACAGGAAUUCCCAACGAAAUGGCUUGCUGAUCUGGNGCAAUAUCUUCAGCUGCAUCGAUCUGUUAAGGGAAUCUUCGAUCAUGGAUCUUUUUUAAGGCUUGCUGAUCUGGUGGCGAAUUGUUUCACGACUGCAGCUGCUGCUGCUGCUGGUGGUAGUCGAGCAGGCGGUGGACCUGCGUCAAUCUCAAGAAGGAAUUCCGCAAUGUCUUUAUCCAGGAGUGUUUCGGAGCAACGCCUUGACGGUGUCGUCGGUGUUGAUGGCUUAGGAGCCGCAGUUUCCGUGAUACCGAAUGGUGGCCGUACAACACCGAAUCUGGAUAUGCCGUUGGCGAAUGGUGAUUCGACGAAACAACUGGAUGAGCUACUGGAGAAAAUGAAACGUGGAAUCGAUUUCAAGGACCCACAUCUAUCACAACUGGUUAUGGCGUUCGAACGGAAAAUUCAAUUGCUCAAGAAUCGUGAAUUGGAGUUGGAGCAGCUGCUGAUGAAGAAGGAUGAGUCGUUGCGACAAAGCGAACGACUGAGGACGUUGUAUUCGAGUCAAAACAAUGAUGCUGAGGUUAUUUAUUUGCUUGUUUAUUUCACAAAUCGAUGGUAUCGUGAACAAGGAUUGGGCAUUGAACCAGCUUUAUGUUGA